UCCCCCAUUUUCGGUCAACUCUCAGCUUCUCUCCCUCUCUCCCGAGCCAAUCUUCUUCCUUUUAGCCAACAGCCAUCGCCGACCAUCCUCUUCUCCUUCUUCGGUUCCAAGCCGCCGGCGUUAAUGGCUUCCACCGCUCCUCCUUUCUUCCUCGCGCAGUUCCCGACCAUCCCUUUCUCGCUGCAGGUGGUUCUUCUUCAACCAGCCAUGGCUCUUCAUCCUACCGAUCCCUUUUCACCUUUUCUUUCCCUGAUUUGCCCUUUCCUCAAGACAGUCAACAGCCAUCCUUUUCCUCAAGAUCACCGGUGAUUUCCGAGAACCAUCCCCACGAGCCACCAUGACCCGCGCCGGCGAGUAAGCACGGGAAUUGGAAAGAGGAGAGCUGAAUCUACCAACCAGCGGUGGCGGUGAUGUGCACGCGGAGCUUUGACGAGUUGGCAAAAUCCCGAUCUCCCUCCAAACUGAAACAAAUCUGCAGAGCCAAUCUAUGCUAGCUACGGAUCACGGGUGGGUGACGACAGAGUGAAUUGGGCGUGGAUGAAGGCCCCAGUGCAUGGCCCGGAUUUUGUAAAAAGGAUCAACAUCGGAGAGGCCCGAAUGCCUUGCAGAUUCGGGAAACAGAUCUGAAGAGCCCAAAACCGGGAUCCAAAAGACCCGGAGAUUGAUUUCUAGAAUGUUCCGUUUAGGGUUUUUAGGGUUUUUGGUGUUUGGGUAUAAAUAGGUGGUUUUAGGUUAGCGGUAAGGGGGGUCUUUUGUUUUUGAGUCUGGGUGUUGAGAACGGCGGCAGAAAAGGAGAGGAAUUUUGCUAGAGGGAGCCGGUGAUUUGGGAGAAGAUUUGGGUCUACUUUUGUAGGUAAUUUCUUUGAACAGAGGAGUUUUCUGGGAACGGUGGUGAAGGGGAUGAUGGGAGCCUGGUCUCGUGGGUGGGAUCCCUCCCAUCAGAUCCGGAUCUAUUUUUCCUCAGAAAACUCUGCCGUGGAUGUGUUGUUUUGUUGCUGAUUUCUCUAUUUUUCAUUUAAUGUUCAAGGUUAUAUGUAUUUUCUUGAGAAAUGAAUGAAAGAUCAUAUAUUUG